GCUUGCUGCCGGGGUAACGGAGUUUUGGGGCUGCCGGCAGAGGAGGAUCUCCCGCCAUUUUUCAAUAAGGGAUUUGUACGCGCUGUUGAAUUAUUUUCACGGUCACUCAAUUGGGUCACUGCGCCAAUUCUGUCCAGGCAAAGAGUCCGAGAUUACUUGUGUACCCCUUGGAAUCAUAGAAAAAUCUGUGACGAAGCUGCCGAGCCCGUCCUUCCUUGUCGCCCGCCGUGGGACCCAUGGCUCUACCGGCCGCUUGAGAGGCACACACAAAGCCGAGGAGUAAUACGGCAGAGGGCCCGUCCGCCUUCCACGUUCAGUCAAGUUCAUCGAGUCAGCGCUUGUGAUUUUUUACGGAGUGUAUUGGAGCCAAAAGCAGUUGUAGUCUGUUGCAGCACCCCUUUGGUUUUCCCAUGGCACCUCUGCUGGGCCGGAAGCCAUAUCCGCUGGUGAAGCCUCUGACUGAACCGCUAGGCCCUGACGAAGAGGUGUUCGUUAUCGAGCACUCGAAGGAGGCCUUCAAGAACAAAGAGGAGUAUGAGGCUCGCCUGCAGAGAUAUAGUGAGCGUAUCUGGACAUGCAAGAGUACUGGCAGUAAUCAGCUGACUCAUAAAGAAGCUUGGGAAGAGGAACAGGAAGUCACUGAAUUGCUGAAAGAAGAGUUUCCUCCUUGGUUUGAAAAGCCUGUCCUAGAGAUUGUCCACCACAACACCAUCUCACUGGACAAACUUGUUGACCAGGCAUGGGUGGAAAUUCUUACCAAGUAUGCUGUAGAUGAAGAGUGUGAUUUUCAGGUUGGAAAAGAUAAAAGCCUUAGAGUCAAAGUGGUGAAAGUCCACCCUCUUGAGAAAACAGAUGAAGAAGCAGCAGAAAAAAAACUUGAAGGAGUUUGUGAUUCUCCCUCAAGUGACAAGGAGAACUCUAGUCAAGAAAAUCAGAGAAAAGACACUCAUAUCAAAGAGGAAGAGAACCGCAGGGAAAGUCUCAGUGAUCGUGCACGUCGUUCUCCUCGAAAGCUUCCCACCAGUAUGAAGGAGGAAAAGAAAAAAUGGACGCCACCUAAAUUCCUUCCACACAAAUAUGACGUGAAACUGAUUAAUGAGGAUAAGAUAAUCAGUAAUGUACCAGUGGACAGCCUAUACCGCACUGAGCGCCCCCCUAACAAAGAGAUCAUGCGUUACUUUAUUCGCCAUUAUUCUUUGCGACUGGGAACAGGAGAAAAUGCACCUUGGGUGGUUGAGGAUGAGCUUGUAAAAAAGUACUCUCUCCCAAGCAAAUUCAGUGACUUCCUUCUGGAUCCACACAAGUACAUGACACACAACCCCUCUGCAAAACGUAAGAGUUUAAGUUCAGUUGACAGGAAAUCUUCGAAGAAGCAAAAGGGAGAUGAAUCUGGCAGGGAUAUGGAUGUUCUAACUGAAAAGGGAGACAAAAAGAAAAAGAGGAAGAAAAAAUCCAUUGGGCCUCCCCUCAGCCCAACACUCUGGGGUCAUAUGCAGGUGAAAAAGACCAUGAAUGGCUCUCCCUUGAAAGUAAAGAACUCUGAUGGUGCCAUUAAAGACUCUAGUGACACAGAAGAUGAUGAAAAUAUUGGAUUAAUUAUUAAUCCAGACCACUUGGGCAACAAAAAAAGUAUGAAAACUAUGAAAAAACGAGAAAAGAAGUCCAAUGGAGACAAGCAGAUCAAACACAAAAAAGGAAACGGCAAACUUCUUAGCGGGCAGAAAAGUUUAAAGACCGCCAAGAGGCCCAAAAUGAAACAGAUGACACUUCUGGACAUGGCCAAGGGCACACCAUCCCGUAGCCCUCAAAAGAAGUUCAAGAACUCCUCUGGGGGCACCCCAAAACUGGGAAAGCCUCUGCCACCCAUGGCAUUACACCUUCUCAGAUACUACAAAGAAAACAAAGGUAAAGAGGAUAAGAAAAAUGCCUUGUCCAGCUUGCUGUCAAAGGCAGCUAAAGUCUUGACCCCAGAGGAUCGGGGUAGGCUCCCAGAAGAUUUACGUGAACUUGUCCAGAAACGCUGGGAGCUUCUGGAGCAGAAAAAGCGUUGGGCAGCCAUGACGGAUGAGGAAAAGCAGGAUGUUAUAAAAAAGAAAAGGCAGGAAAUCAAAGAAAAGCUGAGAGAAAAGGCUAAAGAGCGCAGAGAGAAAGAAAUGCUGCAACGGUUGGAGAAGCUACGGCGAUAUGAAGACCAGGAGUUAACUGGUCAGCCCUUGCCAACGUUCAAGUUGGUGGACAUGCCAGAAGGGCUGCCCAAUACGCUCUUUGGAGAUGUUGCCAUGGUUACAGAUUUUCUGAACUGCUUUUCAGGCUUGCUUAUGCCAGAUGAUCAGUAUCCCAUCACGGCAGCAGCACUUAUGGAAUCUCUUUCCUCCGAGAGGGGUGGCUUUCUAUACCUUAAUCGGGUACUUGUAAUUCUCCUUCAGACCUUGCUUCAGGAUGAACUAGCAGAGGGCUAUAGUGAACUAGGUAUGGUCCUUUCAGAGAUCCCCCUUACUAUGCACUCUGCUUCAGAAUUGGUUCGCCUUUGUUUACGCCCUUGGGAUGCACAUGAUGAAAGUGGGGAAGGUUCUUCCUCUGAAGAUCGAGCACUUGUUGGCUUUGAUGAUGAGAACUAUGAGUUCUUAGAGAAGCUGGAAACGAUGGAAGUCUUUGAGCUGACUCCUCAAGAGAAAGUUAGUCUCCUAGUUGCACUGUGCCACCGCAUACUGAUGACCUACUCGGUUGAGGACUAUGUUGAUUCUAUGCAGCAACGCUCUGUGGAACUCUGGAAAGAGAGGCUUGCUACACUUAAGGAGGUCAAUGAUCGUAAGAGAGCUGAAAAGCUACGUCGGAAAGAAAAUAUGGAAGCAAAGGUAGAUGGAGGAUGGGUGAAAGUGGAAGGAGGUGCCAGUACAGGAUCCGUUGGCACAAUGGGAAAAACUGAUAAAAAAAAACAAGCAGCUUCUGCUGGGGAAAAAAAGGAUUCUGCUAAACCUAAAGUAGAGGGUGCCAUACCAAAUCAGGAGCCAGAAGACAUGAUCAGCACUGUCAAAAGCCGUCGUCUACAUGCCAUUCAAGCAAAGAAAGAAAAGGAAGAGCAGGAAAGGCAGAUAAAAGAACGUCAAGAAAAGGUAGCAGAAGAUGAGAGAAAUCGUAAGCAAAAAGCUGCAGCUGAAAAGGCUUUUCAGGAAGGUAUCACCAAAGCAAAACUUGUGUUGCGUCGUCUGCCACUAGGUGUUGACCGCAACCACAAUCGCUACUGGCUCUUUUCUGAUGUUAUCCCAGGCCUUUACAUUGAGAAAGGAUGGGUACAUGAUAGCAUUGAUUAUAGCUUCACACUGUCUCCAGAGGAGAUAAAGGAAGAGGAACAAGAUAACGAAGAUAAAGAGAAUGACAACAACGAUACUAUUGAUAGUAAUAUGCAAACAGCAGCUCUUGUUGCUUUGGAUGUAUGCAUAGAGACCACGGUGCCGAAACAAGGGCAGAACCUCUGGUUCUUGUGUGAUACCCAGAAAGAGCUGGAAGAGUUGGUGGAAAGUCUUCAUCCCCAAGGAGUUAGAGAGAGUGAUCUCAAGCAGAGACUACAGGAAAAGUUUCAGGACAUCCUGCACUCCAUGUUCUUGGCUCGCAAGCCUAGUCCAGGUCUCAAAACUUGUGAUGGCCAUCAGGAGCUACUGAAGUUUCUACGUAGUGACAUUCUUGAAGUGGCAUCUCGUCUUCAGAAGGGAGGCUUGGGUUACAUGGAUGACACCAGUGAGUUUGAAGAGAGGGUACGAGCCAUUGAAAACCUCAGAGACUUUGGAGACUGUAUUAUAAUUCUACAGCAAAGUGUUAUUAAGAAAUUCCUCCAAGGUUUUAUGGCCCCUAAGCAGCAGAAGAAGAGGAGACACGGUGGAGAUGACAGCAGUAAAUCGGAGGAGGUUGAUGAGGACAAGAAGCUGGCGGAAGAGGCUAGAGUCGCUUCAGCAGUGGAAAAAUGGAAAACCAUGAUCAGGGAGGCCCAAACCUUCUCUCGAAUGCAUGUUCUUCUUGGCAUGCUGGAUGCGUGCAUCAAGUGGGACAUGUCAGCUGAAAAUGCCCGUUGCAAAGUUUGUCGGAAGAAAGGUGAGGAUGACAAGCUCAUUCUCUGUGAUGAAUGUAACAAGGCCUUCCACCUUUUCUGUCUGAGACCUGCACUGUACUCAAUUCCUGAUGGAGAGUGGUUGUGCCCAGCCUGUCAGCCUUCUGUGGCACGUCGUUGCUCUCGUGGAAGAAACUACAAUGAGGAUAUGAGUGAGGAGGAAGAAGAUGAGGAGGAAGACGACGAGGAUGAGGAUGAGUUGGAAGAGGAGGAAGAGGAGUCUGAUGAGGAUCAUAAGGUGGCUGGUUUCAGUUUGAGGUCUCGUAAAACUGCCAAGAAUAAGCAGACAACAACCUCCCGAGGACGCAAGCCAGGACGCAAACCCAAAAAAAUCUCCCCUCAAAACCCUCGAGGUGUACGGCAGAGGGGCAGCCCAGGCAGCCAGGCCGACAUUGAUGAAUUGGUUCGGCAAGGUACUAGACAUGGGGUUCGCAGGCAAGUUCUGGAGAUGCAGAAAUGUGAAGAGAUCCUUUGCAAACUGGUGAAGUUCAGGUUCAGCUGGCCAUUCAGAGAGCCUGUUUCUGUUGAGGAGGCUGAAGACUACUUCGAUGUCAUCUCGCAUCCUAUGGACUUCAAGACCAUGCAAACCAAAUUCACUGAUAGAGAGUACCGCCACCCAACUGACUUCAUCGAUGACAUAAAGUUGGUGUUCUCAAAUGCAGAGGAGUACAAUGAAUCGGGAAGCCAUGUCCUGUCCUGCUUGGCUAAAACUGAGCAGUGCUUUGUAGAUUUGCUCCACAAGCACCUUCCAAACCAGAACUACUUGCGCCGCAGACAACGCAAGCGAGUUAGUGAAGCAAACAAACACCACGAGGAAGAGGAGGAGGAUGUAGACAGUGAAAAAGAAGACACUCCAAAAGCAAAGAAAAGGAAGCGUCGAAUCUCCAAGUUGAAGGAGAAAUACAAAGACGAUGAAGACGACAGCGAGCAAGGUAUCCGGAAACCACGGCAAAGCAAGAGGGCUGCUGCUGCAUCUCACAAGAGCUAUAUUGAAAUUGAUGAGGACGAUGAAGGCGAGGCAAGUUACAGUGAACCAGAGGUGCCCCAGAAAAUCAGAAAAGGCAAGCGUGGCAGACCACCGCGACAACCAGUUGUCACUGAAGUGGUCCCCGAGAAUGAGCAGAACAGCGAGAGAAAUCACUUGGGCAAGCGGGAGAGGGAAGAAGAUGGAGAGGACAGUUCUGAUGAGCACAGGCCUACACAACAUUCCAAGAGACAGAAACGCUGAGCAUGCUGGGGCAUGCAGCCUUCCUGUGUAAUUGUCCAGCAUUUUGAGUAAAAUGUGUCCACUUCCCUUUGGGACUGAAGGGUUCCACGAGUGAAGGCCUAAACUAAACCCUAUUUUUUUUUUUUUUUUUUUCUUUUGGGGGAAUCUAUUUGUUUACUUGGACUGCAGAGGCAGCAGAGCAGCCUGGACUGCUUGUUACAAACACUUGGAGCUCUUUUUGCCGAAGGCUUUUUUUAUAUAAAUAUAUAUAUAUACAUAAACAUAUUAGUGGGCUGUUUUCUCCCUUGUGGGGGAGGUUUUUGAAAUUCUGAAUUUUUUUUUUUUUCUUUUCCCCUCUCCCAAUCCUCCCCUUUUUUUAAAAUAACCCCCUUCAGUCUCCAGAAAGGUGUAAUGUGCGGCCUAAGGCUUGUGCGAGUUUGGGGAAGUUAAACUGCUCCACUCUUCAAUGUUGUAUUCAUAAACUUGAACAGCAGGCGUUUUGUUGGAAAGUUGUGCACACUGCUCUCUGCGUCCAAAGUUCCGGCCUCCUGUCAGCACUGGUCCUCUGAGAACGUUGCCUUCAUUUCUUGUCGCGAAAAUAUCAGUACCUAGUGGUCCCUCCCUGCACCAAUGUGGACAAUCUUAUUUGUUUUUUUUUGUUUAGUUUUUUUGUGAUGCCAUCACAGUAUAGUCUACUGUGAAUCGGGUAGCCUCUGUCGUGUACUUGACAUUUCACUCUCCAAGCAGCCUUUCAUUUUGGCUCAUAUUUGAGUUUGUGCUGCUCUGUUGAAUUAUUGCUUUGGGCUCCUCCUGGCCUAAAGCACUUCUCUGAUGGUCACUUUUUAAACCACAAAAUGUUCCUGCCACAGAUCACUUCAUGAGUGGCGUUGCUUUUGGCCGGCUGAGGGUCAUGCUGCUGUUCAACAGCAGAGGUCGCUGUUGGCCAGUGAGCUGCUGAGCUUUGCGAGGCGGUUCUCGAGCUGGAAGUCCAGUAGGCACACAGCAGUAGCUGGAUGUGGUGCAGAGUCCUUGCUAAGAACAGGGUUGGGGUCGGGGAGCAGGUAGGAGUCUUUAACUUUCCAGCUCUUUUGAUCGGUGUAUUACUUCAAACCUCAGCGUCCACCUUUUUUGGGUAGUUUGUAAUGCUCAACUUUUGAAGUAAAAAUGGAAAAACAAACAAAAAAAAAUUCCUAUUUGUGGAAUCCUUUUUAAUAAAAGAAAAAAAAUAAAUAAAAUGCUGUGCAGUCUUGGCUGUUGUCUGUGUGAACAGCGGGCCAAGGUGCCAUUGUUGCCCUUACGGA